UCGUGAACACUCGGCCUAAUGAAGAUAAAUUGUGGCCAACUCGAGCGCUCACCAGUUCUAACUGUACCUACUGUUCCGCGCGUUUGUGUUUUGUUCUUUGGUGGGAAAUAAGUGUGUGUGUGCCAUUUAUUCUGUGUAAAACAGCUGUUUCGAAGAUGAGUCACGACGCUGUACCAAUCGGCGAAGCGACUUUGAUGCGACAAGCGUGCGACAAAUACCGGUCGACGUUUGGUCGCCAGCCUGUCGUAGCGUCGCGCGCUCCCGGUCGCGUCAACCUUUUAGGGGACCAUGUGGACUAUUGCGAGGGUUAUGUCUUGCCAUGUGCUCUCCCCUUCAUGACGAUAAUAGUUGGAGGCUACAACGACACAGACGUGUGCCACGUGGUGUCCACCCUGGCCAAUGGUGAGACGGUGACCACCAGUUUCCCUUCCACCACCACCACCGAGCUGACCCCGGGACCACCGGCUUGGUCCAACUAUGUGAAGGGAACAGUCGCCAAAUUUCCAAAACCAGUGGCUGGGUUCAACGCGGCGAUAGUCUCCGAUGUUCCCAUGGGAUCAGGCCUGUCCAGCAGUGCGUCUCUGGAGGUGGGAGUCUUCACUUUCCUGGAGCAGCUGACAGGACUCUCAGUCGACCCAGUGGAGAAAGCGAGACUGUGUCAGAGUGCUGAACACGAAUUCCCCGGCGUACCCUGCGGCAUCAUGGACCAGUACAUUGUGGCUAUGGGUCAGGAGGACCACGCUCUCCUUAUUGACUGCCGGUCGCUCGCCUCCACUCAGAUUCCAAUAAACACUGGCGAUACGGCGAUCCUGGUGACAAAUUCUAAUGUGAAGCACAAAUUGACUGGCAGUGAAUACCCUCAGAGGCGGGCGCAGUGCGAGGAAGCAGCCGCUAAACUUCGUAUACCAUCGUUGAGGAGUGCAAAAAUCACAGAUUUAGAUAGAUUAAGACAGAUGAAAUGUGAUGAAUUGGUGUUGAAAAGGGCGCAGCAUGUAAUUGGGGAGAUCGCGAGAACAGAGGAAGUUGCCAAAAGAUUGCGGGAAAAUGACCUGGAAAGGGUCGGCCAGUUGUUCUAUGAAUCCCACGAAUCCCUCAGCGAGCUGAUGGAGGUGUCAUGCCCUGAGCUGGACCAGCUGGUGGACAUCACGAGGGGAGCCCCUGGGGUGCUUGGAGCCAGGAUGACUGGGGGAGGGUUCGCGGGAUGUGUUAUUACUUUGGUAAAAAAAGACCAAGUGGAUAAUUUGAAGAAGCUGAUUUUGUCGAAAUAUAAAGGGACACCAGUGUUCUUCAUCUGCCAACCCAGUGAUGGUGCCAAAGGGUACAAAUUGUAAUUUUCUACCCACUUUUCAUAUAAUUAAGUAAACGAACUAGUGAAGAAAAAGGACAUUUGAUUUUCAACCUUCCAAAGAUGUCACAUAAGCAACAAAAUUAAAGUUAAAUUUUUGGGAUAUAAUGUCUUGUAUGUAUUUAGUUUAAAAAAAAAAAACUAUUGUACUUUUUUAUAAAAAUAAAAUUACGAAUAAUGCGAUCUUGAUUUGAAACUUGAUUAAAAUGAAGUAUGUAAUUUUAAAACUAAAAAUAAAAAUAAUGUAAAAAAAGAAAGUAAAA